AAAGACCCUCGAAGUUGUUCUUCCACUUUCUGGGUGUGAAAAGAUGGCACAUGUCCGCUGAGGAGUGGCCUGGAGAAUCUGUGUGUGUGUCCGGGAGCUCUCCUCCUCUCCAAAAACAAGACUUUUGUUGGAGUGUGAUGCCAUCUUGCUAAAAAGUAUAAACAAAGAUGAGGCUUGUGAUUGCCCUGUGUAUGCUGACUGUGGUCGUGUCAGCCUUGUCACCUGCGUCUGAAGAAGCAGAACUACGAGAAGCGGAGAGAGCUCUCAAACAUGCGGAGGAAAAACGUUCAGAGGAUCUUCCUGCUCUUUUUCUUCGAGGCGAGGACGACUUGGUGGAUGUCUUAGAAGACCCCAAACAGUCCGGGAGGGAAGUGCCCGUGGAGGAUCUGAGGCAAACCCUUAAAGACGCGUUCGGGAAGGAAAAGAAAGGCAAGGAAGAACACAAGAGGAAAGGCCUGCUCGAAUCACAGGAAGUCAAGGAUCUGACCGAAGCUUUGUCAGAGUUUAAAGAAAAAGGGAAAAAGAAAAAGGGAUCGGUAGAAGAAAUUCUCGAAGACCAAGAUCAAGAAAGGAAGUCAGGCAGCUCCCAGUCGAGCUUGGAUAAACAGGCUAAAGCUGGUCUAGCAAGCAAGAAGGACCACGUCGGUUCCAAACAUGGUUUCCCCGACACAGCAGAGAUUGUGAAAAGGGAACAGGACAUCCUGAAGCUUCUGGAAGAGCACAUUCGCCGUGAAGAGGAGAUGGGACUUUACGACGAAGAUCAGGAGAGAGAGAAGAAGGAAAGGUUCCUACUGAACAUUCUAACACAGCGGCUGGAAGAAGAACCGAAAAACCUGAAGCUCAUGGUAUCAGCUGAUCCAGAAGGACUGUAUGAGAAGGAAGAACAGUUUCUCCAGAUGUUGAAGGAUAUGAAGGAGAAGAGAGGUAAAGCUAAAGGCAAAGAUAAAGAUGAUGAUGACGGAAGUGGUGAAGAGCCCUUCAUACCCCCCGCGUUGUUCAAAGACCUGGCCAAGGCCCUGGGGAAACUGUUCUCCCAAAGUUUCCUGUUCUUCAGAGACGAGACCAGAAGAGAGAGCCACCCUCGAGACAAAAGAGAGAUGCACCCGUGGCAGCUCAUAGAAGAGGCGGCAGGGGAGACCGACAACCUGCAGGAGAUUCUCGGUGAGGAGGGUCUUCAGAUGUCUACCAGAGACCAGCCAGGGACCACAUCAGAUGACGACACAGAGGCCCUGCAGCUAGCUUUUCAAAUAAGGGCGGUUCUACGGAAGAAGAGCACAGACAGCAUGGACCCUGUGGAAGAAAUAGAAGAGAACGGCAGCUUGGCGAACGUCCUUUCUGAAGUUCUCCAUCUUGCGAGGGGCCUUCCUGAUCCAAGUGACCACGAUGAGCAACUGACCUCACAGACAACUAACGAAGAAGAGGGUAACAACAUGCAGAUAAUGUACAAGUUAGAAGAAGAAGAGUACGAUGGAGGUGACCAGGCCUUAGACAUCCUCAACGGCUUGAACGAAGCCAUACAAGCGGACGAGAAUCUUCGUGGUUUGUUCGACCAGAACCAGAUGUCGGCAGAGCUGAACCAACUUGAGAACAUAGAAACAGAAGAGGAAGAAGAUGACAAUGGGAUGGUCCAGUUCGUAGGACACAGUCCGGAACUAGAGGAGGACAAUGAAGACAUUGCACAAGACAUGGAGGAGAGCACGCUUGAUGAGGAGCCAGGGGACCAGGAAGAAGCAGUAGCGGAGGGGACGAACUGGUCGGACUGGUUCGGGAACAGUCUGGACGUGGUGAAGAAGACCCUGUCCAUGCUCGGCACGUCUGACACCACGGCCGGAGAGAUCAAGAAGAGAGACGUGUCAGAAGUACUGAACGAGGAAACAAACCGCGACACCAUCGUCGCAGAGAGCCUCAGAGUCUACCAGAUGUACCUUAAGGAUCAGGACGAAACACCAUCCAAGAAAAGCGAGGGUGUCUGCAAACGCACGUUCUCUCCAUGUCAGCGAGACGCCGACUGUUGUCAGGGGUCCUGCAAAAGGCUCGUUCAUAAAAGUCAGAUCAUGCCCUACUGCGGACGGUACAAAUUGAGCUGUCAGGAUGAGGGCUGUCUACCUCCUGUGCCUGGUGCUGACCACAGCAGUGGUUCACGGAAAACCCAGACUAAACCGCAAAACAGCGAGAAGAGAGAUGCGUUCAUGUCCGAUCUCCAAAAAGUGCAUUCUUUCGAACAGCAGUUCGCCAGGGAUGGGCAACUGCACGACAAAGGGCUGAAAGCCGCGCAGGCCGUUCGCGAGUUCCUGAAGGUUGGAAAAGCGUGGGAGGCCAAGAAGAGAGGUCUGAAAGCAGAGGAACACCACUCUAAGGAAGAGGUGGUCGGAAAACGCGGCGCUUUCAUGGGCGACCUCCUGAGCGCUCUUCAGUUCGAGGAGAAGUUCAGCAAGAAGGGUCAACUCUCCCCGAAUGAGAUGAAGGCCGCAGAAGCCGUCCGCGAGUACCGCGAAUAUGGCCAGGCUUGGCAAGAGAGGAAGAACGCCGAAGGCCGGAGGGAGAGUUUCUUGUCCGAUCUGCAAAAGGUCGCCGGCUUCGAGAAGCAGUUCUCCCGCGAAGGAAAGCUGUCUCCACACGAGCGGAAGGCGGCGAAGGCAGUCGGCGAGUACCUCAAGUCUGGACGGGCCUGGGAAGCGAGGAAGAAGGGGUUGAAGGUACCAGAGAGCCGCUCCAUCGAUGAAACGAAGGAAAAGCGAAGCGACUUCCUGAACAUGCUCCAGGAGACGCUGGAGUUUGAGAAGCAGUUCUCCAAGAAAGGAAAGAUGUCUCCUCUGGAAAACAAGGUGGCCAAAGAAGCCCGCGAGUUUCUGAAGUAUGGCCGAGCUUGGGAGAAGAGUAAGAAGAAUUGAAGACCGUAGGAAAAAAGGCAGUUUCAGACACAGAAUGGCAAAAAAUAACCAUUCUUAAAUUUGUCUGAUAGUCAUAGUAGGAGAUGUUAGUGGUAGUAACAUUAGAUUUGGGAAAAUAUUUCGAUGUUUUGAUUGACAAAGGGUUUGGUAGAUAGAUGUUUAACGGUAAAAUAUAACUUUUAAGAGGAAAA